AGUUUCUUUUUCAUUGUUGACAUUCAUUCUAAAACUAUUCUGGGGUCAAUUAAUUAGCUAUUUGAUAAUUACUCAACUGGAUUCGUCCUAAUAUGCAGACCAGUAAACUAAGUAAAUGGCUUUGCAUCGAUAAGUUGAUGAAUUUUCGAGAAAUUCUCAAAACUAAUGGAGGACUUUUCGGUGCUGCUUGGAAUUUACAUCGACAUUCUAUGAUCAAAUGGGGUACACUCGUUGGUGAAGAUAAAUAUGGAAACAAAUACUACGAAAACAAACACUAUUUCUAUCUAAGUGAUCGGUGGGUCGUUUAUAACGAGAAAUGUAAUCUUGAAUACGAUGCGUCAAUGAUUCCUCCUGAAUGGCAUAACUGGAUGCACCAUGUUACUGACAAAUCUCCUACAGAAGAGCCUAGAGUUCAAUAUGCAUGGUUACAAGAUCAUCAACAGAAUUUAACUGGAUCAGCUCAAGCUUACACUCCUUACUCGACCGUCAAAGACAAAAUUGGUUCAUGGAAUCCCCCUGGAGGUCGAGUAGUUAUUGGCCCAAACAAAUAAGAUUCAAAUGUAAAUGAAAGAAACUAUAUAAGACUCCUAUUGUCUUUACCAAAUAUAAAAUGAGUAAAUAAUGUAUUAGCAAAAUUUAGCAUUGAUUAAAGAAAUUUUAAUUGUGA